GAUAAAUGAAUAGUUUUCCGUGAUAAAUGAAUACAUUAAAUAGUAAAAAAUAUUCGGUGACUAUAAUUGUGCAGUAUUUAAUACUACUGUUCGAUAUCUUCGUUAAUUCGUUUGCUAAUUUCUCUCGACAAAAUCCAAUUAAUUUAUUAAUUCUUUACAUGGUUCAAGAUAUUUGUCUUAUUGUAACUCUUACAAUUUUACUAGUUAAUUUCUUUUCCACCUACAUUUUUCAGAUAGGAUUAAUACAAUUGUUGUAUACAAAAUUUCGUAUAACAUUAAUAUUAUGUAUUAUAUACAUGAUAUUAAGUAUUAGUCUACAUAUAUGGGAUAUUAAAGUGCAUUGGUCAUCAUCCUUCAAAUACCAUUGGACCAAAGAAUUCCAUGUUCUUUAUUCAUUACACAGAGGAGUUGCAGUUUUAUAUUACUACUUUUAUAAAAGAACAUCCCUCAGAAUUGCAGAUCCAAGAUUCUAUGAAAGUUCUACAUGGGUUCAAAAUCAAUUUAGUCUUUCAUAGUUAAUCUUUUAGAAUAAAUUACAAUGAUUGUCAGAAAUGCAAAAUGAUGACAGUACAUGCCUCUUAUAAUUUUAUGUACAUUUUUUUUAUCUUGUUUAUAAUAAUGUUACAAUGAUAUUUAACAUAAAAAAUUUUAAUGAUGUAAAUAUAU